UAGCAGCUUCCCAUGGACAUCACAUAGAAUUGGGCGUUUGCAGCUCUAGCUAUCUGUUCCCUUCACUUCCAUGACAAGUCUUUAUUUGUCGUUGUUUUGAAUCUGCAGUUCACGCGACAUUAUGCUCCGCACGGUAACAGCGGAAAUGGAUGACAUGCAUCAUGAUUGAUCGAUGAUCGAGGACUCCGGAUUGAUGAAAACUCCAUUGAAAAUUUGAAAGUGUGUUAUCCUGUUCUUUCUUACUAUGGGGGUUGCGGCAGUCAGACCGGUCUACCUCUCGUCAUCACGCUGCAAUUCCGCAACGUGGAAUCUUGUCCCGGCCCUUUCAAGACGUCCUUCUCGUCCACAUCCCUGUUCAAGGCAACUUAAACCGCUGUGUCCAUCAUUUGUGCUGCAUUGCGAAUAUAAUCUCGUCUGGCCAAUUCAGUCAUCAAGCAAAGGAAACCGGCCACCGAGUCGCUAUCUGCGUGGCAGUGCCAGUUCUGCCCUGCCACAUGACAGCAUGGUGGAGUUCUGCCUACAACACUAUCUGUCCUGUGUUCAGUCAAGGUUCAAUUCGAUCUAUUUUGAUGGCCUGACGCUAAUAGUACGUUUGGUGCUAGUACCAAUAUAUACACUCCUGCCAGUAUGUAACACUGUUUCAUUCUCAUCACAGAAGAUAUACUCCCACCAUCAGUACCAAAACCAGUCAUUCAUCACAGCAAAAAUGCUAACCUUAUUCAUUGUCCCGGGCUGUGGGGUAUAUAGCAUGGUGGAAUUACUAUCUUGGUGGAAUUGGCCUAGUCAAUAAUACCGAUGGCAUCCUCGACGCAAGACCUCAUCCCAAAUAUUCAACUCGGGAAUACCUUUGGGGCACUGUUUAUUGGGGUUGUCCUCGCAGCAGUUCUCUUUGGUGUCACCAUCGUUCAAGUUUUCAUCUACUUUCAGACGCAUAGUGGUACAGGAAUAACGUUCUACAAACUGGUCGUGGGAUGUCUUCUGAUACUCGACGCUCUGCAUCUGGCCCUG